AUGUACGAUGCGCAAGGCGUGGAGGAUGCCAUCAAGACAGUUGUGACUGCCGAGCUUUCAGACGUGGAUGUCCGUCUCUAUGAUCCUCGAGAAGACUGUGCCGAUGCAUUCGCUAUUACAACUCAGGUCAAAAUAGGGUUCACUAAAGCCGCAGUCCUGCGCUCUUACCACACACGACGAAUAGCUGGACCCGAGCUUGACGAUAAUAUACUCGUUUGGCAAGCAAUGAAAGCUGCCGUACUAGCACCUCGUUACGCGUGUCCUGAAAACGGAAAAACCUUACGAUCUGUCAUCGAGCCUGGCCUGGUUGACUACGGUACUACAAAGAACAAUCCUGUUUCCGAUGCCUACUACGAAUGUCGCAAGCUCUACAAGUACACCGGAGAUAAGAUGGUUAUUGUCUCUAUCGGCACAGGAUCCGGGUUGAAUCCAGAUCGUGAAAGUGAAGAAAUGGCGAAGAGUGUCUUCAAACGAAACGGUGAUGCGGAGCAACAGUGUCUCGAAUUCCAGAGGGAUCACGAGGGCCUGAUAAAAAGUGGCUGGUUGAAAUAUUUCAGGUUCAAUGUGCCGAAUCUCGAUGAUACACCUUUGGAGGAGUGGUGCGCAGAGGAGCCAAUUAGGGACAAAACAACGGCGUACCUUGCAAGUCCAGAUACUGGCCGGUCUUUCCACCAGUGUGUGGACGACAUUACAGCGAUAUUGACAGGGAUCCAGGGGCAGGCACGAUGA